AAAGUGCUGUUGCUGCUAGUUUUGUACAAUAUUCUUCUCUUUCGACAGAAUUAUCUAUAUUGAACUGUUAUUAGAGAAGCAAUCCUGUUCCUCAGCGUCAAGAAAUAUUCAAAGAAGCUACUACGAUAAACCGAUUUUUCAUAUUUUUGUUUUGAGUGUGUACUUAAGUAAGUCUACGUCUAGUUUUGGAAUAGAGCUAAUAAAGAACCCAAGGCUUCUUCGAGUCAAACAGAUUUUGCACUGAAUUUGUGUCUACGUGAUUGGUACUUCUACCCAGCAGAAUCUUCAGAGAGCAACUACAAUUAUGACGCGUAGAGACCGCACAGUGCCCGCACCGUACCGUCACCAGGAGGGACGCAACGGGUAUGCGGCUGCGGCGGGUGAGCACGAGAGAGCCUUGACAGGGCAGCACGAAUUUCACCCCGAACAUAGAAGCUCCACGGAAGCCAAUGAUAGAAAUUGCUGCUCCAAAAAUAAACCGCUUAUCAUCACCCUGAUCGUGAUUGCCGCAGUCCUCGUUAUUGGUGCUGUUGUCGCGGUUGUGGUUGUUGUGGCGAACAACAACAAAAACUCGCCCGGCAAUGAGACUC